AUGCUCCCAUUGACACCAAUCCUGGCUAUCGCCGGCCUCCUGGCUCUCAUCUUCCGGCUCUCCCUCAUCGGCCGUCGGCCCAAAAACUACCCACCGGGCCCUCCAACGCUCCCUCUGCUGGGCAACAUCCAUCAGAUGCCCUCCCGCGACGCCCAUCUACAAUUCGCAAAAUGGGCCAAGGAGUACGGGCCGAUAUACAGUCUUAUGCUGGGCACACAAUGCCUGAUCAUCCUCUCCAGCGAUGAGGCAGUCAAAGAGCUCCUCGACCGACGGAGUGGAAUCUACUCGCACAGACAGGAGAUGUAUACUGGGCAGCAGCUGUGCAGCGGAGGGCUGCGGAUGCUUAUGAUGGGUUAUGGACCAACCUGGCGAAUCAUGCGCAAAAUGGUUCACGGGCUCCUUAAUGUGUCAACAAGCCGCAACUACAUUCCUUAUCAAAUGCUCGAGAAUAAACAGAUGCUCUACCAAUUCCUCACCGAGCCAGAUGACUUUCUCAAGCAUAUCCGACGGUACUCCAAUGCGCUGACAACAACCAUGGUCUUCGGGUGGCGUACUCCUACCUAUGAAGAUCCAAAGAUGAAGCAGCUCUUCGACGGCUUCUCCGAGUUUGCGGAGAUCAACCAGGCCGGUGCGGCGGCCUUCUUGGACUUUUUUCCAUUGCUGCAAAAGCUACCCGAUUUCCUAGUGCCGACGAAGCGCAAGGCAAAGGAGUUGCAUAAGCACGAGAUGGGCCUGUACAAGGGGCACUGGAUGAAGGCAAAGGAAGAAAUUGAAGCCAAGAACAUCAAACCCUGUUUCUGUCAGGGCAUGUACGAGGUACAAAAGAAGGAAGGGUUCUCAGAUGACCAGGCGGCGUACAUAUCUGGUACGCUGCUGGAGGCGGGCUCGGAUACAACUUCCAGCACGCUUUACGCAUUCGUCCAGGCGAUGCUGCUGUAUCCUGAGAUUCAGCGCAAAGCCCAGGCUGAGAUUGACCGUGUUAUCGGUCCGGACCGAUUGCCGGUCAUGGAUGACCUCGCCGACCUCCAGUACAUUCGCAGUUGCAUGAAGGAGACCCUUCGCUGGAUGCCAACCACUAUCCUCGGAGCCGUUCCUCAUGCCGUCACCCAGGAUGACAGCUACAUGGGCUACUUCAUCCCCAAGGGUGCUGGUGUCAUGAACAAUGUCUGGGCCAUCCACCACGACGAGAAGCGACAUCCCAACCCGCGACAGUUCAACCCAGACCGGUAUAAAGACGACACACAGAGCCUCGGUGACGCAGCUGCUAAUCCAGAUGCCUCCAAGCGCGACGCUUUCACUUUUGGUGCCGGGCGCAGGAUCUGUCCAGGCAUCCAUGUUGCGGAGCGCAGUCUGUUCUUGGGAAUGAGUAGAAUUCUGUGGGCGUUUAACAUUUCGCCGAAGAAGGACGCAAGUGGCAAGGAGAUUAUUCCAGACCAGGAACGCUUGACACAGGGAUUUGUUUGUAUGCCAGAGGAGUUCCCUGCAACUAUCACGCCUCGGGACGAAAAGAGGGCAGAGAUGGUGAGGAACGAGUGGAGGCAGGCUGAAAAGGAACUGGAUUCGGAGACGAAGCAGUGGGUAGUCGCCCCUGUCGAUAUCAAGAUUUGA